AUGAAUAUAUCUGAGAUGUUAUUCUGUUUUAAUGAUCAAUGUUUUAAUAUUGAAACGAUUCGAAUGUCUUCGAAUAAAAUUGUUCAUAUUUCUAAUGGAGGUUAUUUUAUUCGUUCGUAUGUACAUCAAGAAUAUAUUCAUUCUAUGAAAGAUAGAAAUAUUUUAACUAAUGAAAAAUUACAUGAACAAUUAAUUGAACUAAAACCUAUUGAUAAUCAAUGGAAUCAAAGUGUUUAUGUAUCAUCAUCUGGUGGUAGUGGAGGAAAACGUUUAUUUUUCCAUUACAAAGACAAAUUUUAG